AUGGCUCUCCGCUCCUCUUCAGCCAAGUUGGUGCUUGCCGCUCUUAUGAGCACUGCGACUGCCCAAAGCCUGGGGCAAAACACUUCGUCUGCCUGCGAUACUCUCCAGCAGACUCUUGGCGCCAUAACCUCCCUGCCAGGUAGUGACAACUAUACCAACGCAACCCAAGACUACUUCAACGCUGCUGCUUAUCUGUCCCCUUCCUGCGUUGUUGCUCCCACAACUAGUCAAGAAAUGUCCAACAUUGUGGGAAUCUUCAACGGCACCAACACACAGUUUGCAAUCAGAGGUGGCGGACACAUGACCAUCGCUAAUGCCGCCAACAUCGACGCGCCUGGUGUGCUAAUCGCCACGUCUGGUUUGAGCAAGCUGAUUCUUUCCGACGACGAGUCCAUUAUUGAGGUCGGUGCGGGAAACACAUGGUCGGACGUUUACCGUUUCCUCGAGCCAUACAAGCUCGCCGUUGUUGGUGGACGAGCUGGCUUGGUCGGUGUGCCCGGAUUCCUCCUCGGGGGAGGUAUCUCGUUCUUCAGCAAUGAGAACGGGUGGGCCUCUGCGAAUGUUGUCCAGUAUGACUGCGUUCUCGGUAAUGGCGAUAUUGUAUCUGCGACCGCUUCAAACGAGUACUCCGACCUCUUCUGGGCACUCCGCGGCGGCGGCAACUCCUUUGCAAUUGUCACUGGCUUCCACCUCAAGACUUUCUCUCUACCCGAGGUUGCGGUUGGCGAGAACCAGUACAGCCCGAGCUCGAGCGCGCAGUUUCUCGACAGCAUCUAUAGCUUUGCUCUCAACGGCUCCAGUGAUUCCCGCGUUGGAAUCGAGCCCAGAGUCCAGUGGAUCCCGUCGUUGUACCCCGACCCAAGCUACUACUCCAUUCUUUUCAACAACGGCAACACCACCAACCCGCCUGCCCUUAUCAACUUCACUCAAACGAUGGAACCUAUCAGCUCGUCAUUCAUCGUAAGACCCUCCAUGUACAACUGGACACAGUUCGCGGACUCUAGUCGGAGUCAGCUCUCUGGCCUGAGGAGUGCGUUCCACGUCGUUACCAUCAAGGCUAACCGCCAAGCCCUUGACAUUGUGCACGAGGUGUUUCUGGACAUGAUGAAGACUCAGAUUUCGGGGGUAACCAACGUCAUUGGCAGUCUUGCCUUUGUCCCUGUCACCGAGCACUUCUUGAGUGUGUCUACCGCUAACGGUGGCGACCCUAUGGAUGUGGAUGCCACCCAGGGGACCUACAUCCUGGUCGAAGAAACUGUUGUCUGGUCAGAGGCCUCGGACGAUGCCAAGAUCGAUCAAUUUCUCACUGACUUCGACACCAACGUGACGUCGCAGAUCAAUGCCUUGGGCGACGUCAUGUCUCCGUUUCUGUACCUGAACUAUGCUGGUGCCGGUCAGCCUGUCUUCCAGGGAUAUGCCGGUGACAACCUCCAGAAGAUGAAGGAUGUUCGCGCCAAGUACGAUCCAGAUCUUAUCUUCACCAACUUGAUGCCUGGUGGCUGGAAGGUGGAGGCAGCCUAG